GAAACUAUUUAAGGGUUGGGUUAAGGCAGAAAACACCAAGUAGACCACCAGGGACAGACUGACAAUGGAGAUGUUGAUGCUUUUUCAUGCUUUGCUACUACUUUGUGGUCUCUCUACAGCUCUGCUUGAGCCAGACUCCAACAGUAAAAUAAUUUCACAUGUAAGGCAAAAUGGAUCACAGGUAGGAGACACAGAAAACCUCACAAAUAAUCAGCAAACCUGUAAACAAGACAUCAAUACUGUACUGAGAGAGAUGAGCGCAUCGUUGGCCGGACUGAAGGUUGACAUGGAGUACGUAAAGAAAGAUAAUGAAGCCAAGACAAAAGAACUGGACUUGAUAAAACAACAAUACCAAGAGCAAGUGACAAAAGUAAGAAGUCUUGAGGAGCAGUACCAAGUUCAAGAAGAAGAACUGAUCACCAUUAAAGCCAUGGCAAAAAUCACUGAAAACCAUGUGUAUGCUCUGAAGAGGGAAGGAGAAGUGAAACGAGUGGCUUUCUCAGCAUCUUUAUUGGACUCGGGUUCGAACACUUUUGGACCAUUUAACACAUUUAGAACUCUGGUGUUCAGAAAUGUUGUUACAAAUAUUGGAAAUGCCUACAACCGAAACUCAGGGUUUUUUGUUGCACCAGUGAGAGGAGCCUACCACUUUGAAUUCUACAUAUGUGGACCAGGAAGUCCUUCACAUUUUGUAUCUGCAGUGUUGGUGAGGAACGGAGAGCAUAUCUUCAUUGCCACUGAAACCCAGCCUUCACAUUUAGCUGCUGCUGGUAAUGCUGCCACGUUACUCUUAGAGGUUGGUGAUGUUGUGUUUAUACGUCAGUACGAAAAUUCAAGGAUUUCUGACAGUCAGAAUCGUCAUACCACCUUCAGUGGUCACCUGCUUUUCACCAUGUGAGCAGCAAACUAUGUUAUUUUCAACAAACUCAGUAAUAUUGCAAAUUGUGAAUGGUGUUUUGUCUUGACACUUAUUGCAAAGAAAAUUAUGUUGGUGAAUUCUUUUCUUUUGAGGUUUAAUAUGUUUUGGGUGAUGCCUUUAAAUUCAGCCGUACUGUUGCAUCAUCUUCAUGUCUUGAUUUACUUUACUUUUAAAAAAUGUAUAUAUAUGUGUGUGUUUUGACAGUAUGGUCUAAGUGUAGUAUUGUUUUAUUGAAAUAAAUAUGUGGAAUGCCAUCAUCAGCUCAUCUUAUAACGUGUACUUUUUCUGUUUGUCUAUAAAUAUGUGCAAGCAGUAGUGCUGUGAUGCAGGGCAAAUUUCAAACUUAUUCUGACUAUAAAGUAAUGGAUGAUAUGGUACCUGAUCAAUUUGAUACAAUUAAAUGGCCAAUCAGAGAAAGAAGUCAACCAAAAGGCCAUUUCCCCAGAGCAGCGUAAAGACCUUUGAAAACGGAAAAUCCACUCACCGCUUUAGUGAUGGAGCUUGAACCAUAUUUCAUCAGUAUGAGGUCACUGAUGUUUUCAUUUCCUUACAUCACACAGACAAUAUAUUGAGGAAGCAAAUGCAAGUUAAACUUUGCUCCCUAAUCCUGGUUUAUUCAUUUACAAUAAGAAAUCAAACUCUUAUCAGAAACAUAAUCUGCAUGUUAAUCAACAUUACUAUAUACAGUAUAUAAUCUAUAUAAUGUGUAUUAUCCCUCCAAAAUCCCUCCCUCGUUUUAAAAUGUUUAUUUUAUUUUUAUUUUUAGAAGAUGGUGUCUAGCAUGUCAGUUUGUGUUUGAUGGUUGCAAGCUCAAUUUCAAAUGACAAAAUCCAAAGAUAAAAUUGCUAUCUUAUAGAGUGGGAAAAAAACAUCUUGUAAUGAUUACCUGGCCAUUCGCAGACAAAGAAAAGAUAUUUUAGACGUGAGUCAGCUUCAACGCCUCAAACGUGAACUGCAAGGCCUUAAGGCUCGAGAAAAGAGAAGAUGUUUCUAUUUCUUUUGCUAGUCUUUUCUUUUUCAACAGUUCAGCUUCAAGGACAGAAUGAGCCUAAAGGUGCUGAACAUUUAAAGCAACUUGACUCACCAGGUACAGAACCAGGAACUGUUUCUACCCUCCAGCAAGUCUGUUCAAAUGACAUCCAUGCUGUCCUAAGAGAGGUGAGUGCAUCAGUUGCAGGACUGAAGGUGGGCAUGGAGUACUUACAAAAAGAAAAUGAAGCCCAAGCAACAAAGACAAGAGAACUGGAGCAAUUGUACCAAGCACAAUCAGCUAAGGUUAAAGAACUGGAACGACAAAAGUCAGAGCUCCUGCAACAAUACCAAGAACAAGAAGCAAAGCUGAAGGAGUUGGAAUCGCAAAAGACUGAGUUGGAUAAGCUAAAGCUGGAGUACCAAGCACAGGGAGAUGAACUACAGCAACUUAAUAUCAGAACAAACUCAACACAAAAGCAGGUGGAGGUUCUGAAGAGAGAAGGAGAAGUGAAACAAGUGGCAUUCUCAGCCUCCUUAAUGGCCUCAGGUGGAGGGGACAUUGGACCUUUCAAUGCAUACACGUCUUUGAUCUUCAGAAAUGUUGUCUCAAAUGUUGGGAAUGCCUACAACCCAAAUACAGGGUUUUUCACUGCUCCAGUGAGAGGUGUCUACCACUUUAAUUACCACAUCUAUGGACAUGGACAUCCUUCACAUGGUUCCGGUGCUGUGCUGGUCAAGAAUGGAGAGUACAUUUUUAUGGCAUAUGAACAUCAGACUACACUCGGCGCUAACUCUGCUAACACUGUCACGUUCCUGUUAGAAGGUGGAGACGUUGUAUAUUUGCUUCAAAGGGCUCAUACAAGGAUUUUUGAUGAUCAGUUGCAUUAUACCACAUUCAGUGGUCUUCUACUUUUUCCUUUGUGCAAUGAUGCAUGCUAAGUGAUUUGUAGUAGGGUUAUGGUUCUUUUGUGUGAAUGUACACAAAAGAUAAACAUACUGCUCAGAAGACAAAAUGGCACAAAUAAAAUGUAAAUUUACUUCGCAAAGGGGGCAGUAGUAUUAAGAUUAAAUUUCCAUAAGGUAUUUUUUGCAGAUAACUUUUAUAUCAUCAGAAUGACAAAAUAUUAAUCUUAAACCAUAUACACCAAAGUAUAACUCACACUAUAACAGUGGGAUUUUUGUACUGUUUACUGUAUGUAUAACUUGAUUUGAUUUGAUUGAAUUUGAAAU